UUUCAAGUAUUACGGUAUCCAAAUAUUAAUUUAUUGCCAGCUACUGUAUAUAAAUUGGCGGAACCAAUCAGAAAUCACUUAGGCGGUGUCCAGACUCUUAUUAUAGGGAUACUAGGAGGCUGGUGGCCGCUCUCAGGUUUCUCUCUGUUAUUAGUGUUAUUACUAUUCUCGUACUGCGUUGCAUUUUGAAAAUUGUGUCAGGCAAUAAUAGGACAGUUUAACUGAAUUUAGCAAAAUCAGAAACAUAGGUUUGAUAUGUUCUCCAUUCGACAAGCGUUGCGUUUUGCUGGGCGAGCAGUAUACAACCAGUACUCUGCAUACCAUCGUUACGCUGUCGUUUGCAAACCAAAUGGUUCCACGGCACUCUGUCACAACCGUCUCCUUCACGACAGUAGUAGUGAGAGCAAGGAAUUAGGUAAAUUGGAAGGAAAAAUGAGACUGAUAUUUACGUGCAAAAAAUGCAGCACAAGGAACAGCAAACUGAUAUCGAAGUUAGCAUAUGACAAAGGAGUGAUAAUAGUGAGAUGCGAUGGCUGCAAGAACAAUCACCUUAUCGCCGACAAUCUAGGAUGGUUCACGGAGAUACAUAAGGGAAUAAAUAUCGAGAAAAUCAUGGCAACAAAGGGUGAGAGUGUACGAAGAGUAAUGAAUGAUGUGGAUGGUUAUUAUGAAGCUGUCACGAACGAAGAGUACAAGUUUCCUCAACAGAACGUUAACGAGACGAAAGAAUUGGACAAUGAUAACAAGUGUUGUGAGAAAAUUGAGAAACAGUAAACCUCAACUGGAAGCUGAUGCUUUACAUUUACAAUUAGAUCAUUUCAAAAACGAGAAUACAAAGUUAAUUUCAUAGGUAAGCAUGUAUUUAUUACAAUUAUAUUUAUCAUAUUUAUUAUACAAUUUGUUGUACAUCAGUAACAUAUAGAGGGAAUUUAUAAGUAUACAGGGUGGGCCCAAACGUUCUGGCCAAACUUUGAGAUCUUAUAGGAAAUUUACUUCUAAACAAAAAGAUUCUUAUAAACAUGGGCCAAAAAAUGCUUCCUUAAAAAGUUAAGGAAGCCCAAACACUUCUGAAAUCAUGGUUAUUUUAUACAUUUUUAUAAAUAUCAAGGAUUCUUUUUCUACAGAAUUAAAUUUCCUAUAAGAUCUCAAAGUUUGGCUGGAAAGUUCGGGCCCACCCUAUAUAUGUAUAUAUGGUAUAUAUUGGAACCAAAAGUCUGUCCUAAGCCAAAAGGCAAGGACUAUAAUAAAUAAAUAAGUAAUAAAUAAAUAUUAAAAUUGAUAGAAACAAAAUUUUUAAAAAUAAUUUAAAGAUAAGCCCUUAAAUUCAAAAUAUAAAAAUUUAUUAAUAUAUCUAUUAAUAUAUUUAUCAAUAUACUUACUAAUUAAUAAUUUUUAUAUAAAAAUUACAUUUUAACUAAAAAGAUUGGAUAUCACUAAACUGAUUUAAAAUAUCUCUACUAAAAUAAUAUUCAUAAUAAUAAUGACACAUUACCUAUCAUAUUUAGCAUAUUACUAUUUUAUUUUAACUCUUUUAAUUUCGAGAUAAUUUCCUUAAAAAACUUAAGUUUAAAAAAUUCUGUGUGAUACAAAGUACAAUAAAUACAUUUUUCUUUUUCAAAUUUAUUAUCUAUCAUUAACAUUACUAUAUUUUAUUAUACAUAAUUGUUUUACUUUCAUUACUAAAACUUACUUAAAUUUUUACACAACUUCGUUUAAAAAUUUUAACCAACUUAUAGUUAAAAUAACAUUUCUUCUAAAAAUUAUAUUAUUUAUAACUUACAAUAAAUAUAAAAUUAAAAUCUUACUUAUAAAUAUAAGUAAUUAUCUCUUCUUGUAUUAAUCUUGUAAAUGAAAUAUUUUAAUUAAAAUUUAAACUUUUUAAUUAAAAUUUUUUUCUUCUAAAUAUAGUUUCCAAUAUAUUUACUCUUUUACGAUUUCUCUUGUUUAUAUUCCCUUUUUAUUAAAAAAAAAAGAACUUAAUAUUACUAAUGCAAAAUAACAAAUCUAGUAAAAUAACCAAA